UGAAAAAAGAAAAAAAAAUAUUUUUUUUUUUGGUUGUGUUAAAUCUAACUGCAUGUUGACAAAAGAAAAAGAUACCAGUCUCUGGUCAUGUUGAUUGAAUCGGGUGUGAAUCGUGAAUUUGGAUCGUUACCAUCAUCAGCUCAGUGGAAAAUGGAGCCACCGAGAAUACCAAUGACAGGUGGCGCUUCAAUACCGCCACCUCCACCAAAUGUUGGUCUAACACCAUCCGUCCAAAUGCCUGGAUCGGCUCUCUUUCCCGGCGGAUCUCCAUCGCCUACAACUUUGAGUGCACUUGUAUCCCAACAACGUAUACUUGAGUUAUCUCGCUUUGGUUUGCGUGGUUAUGAUAUUGCCCAACAUAUGCUUACACAACAAGGUGCUGUUUCUAAAUUACUUGGUUCCCUACGACCACCUGGUCUAAUUGGUGGCUCCAAGCCAAAAGUAGCAACACCAACUGUUGUAUCAAAGAUUGAACAAUACAAACGAGAGAAUCCGACAAUUUUUGCCUGGGAAAUUCGCGAACGUUUGAUCUCGGAAGGUGUUUGUACAAAUGCAACAGCUCCUUCGGUAUCAUCAAUCAAUCGGAUCCUCCGUAAUCGAGCUGCUGAACGUGUUGCCAGUGAAUUCGCCCGAACAGCAGCUUAUGGUCUGUAUCCACCUCAUCCUUAUGGAGGUUUUGCGUGGCAUCCGGCGGCAGCAGCUGCUGCUGCAGCUUCAAGUCAACAGCACUUCUGGUCAACAACGGGACCACCAAGUUUGUCAUCGGUACCAGUUGGUGGAUCUCCACUAACUGUGUCAAGGCCGAUUUCGCCGGGUUCGGGAAGUCAUGAUACCUUGGAGUCUCCCGAUGAGAAUCGUUUAAUUGAUUCGGAUUAUUUAGAUGACGAUGAUGAGCCGAAAUUUCGAAGAAAUCGCACAACUUUUAGCCCCGAACAGCUCGAAGAACUCGAAAAAGAAUUCGACAAGUCGCAUUAUCCUUGUGUCAGUACUCGAGAAAGGCUUUCAAGCCGAACGUCCCUCAGUGAAGCUCGUGUCCAGGUUUGGUUUUCCAACAGAAGAGCGAAAUGGCGCCGUCACCAGCGAAUGAAUCUGUUGAAGCGACGUUCCAGUCCAACUAUGGGAAGUCAGCAACAGCAGCGAUCACUCGCCGAUUCGCCCCCACUCAACACCAACAACAACAAUCAGCAGCAACAUACCAUCCGUACUUCCGGCAACAACGAGGACCACCAUCAUCAACAUGGUGCCUUAACAUCUCAUCAACAGCAGCACCACCAAGUGUCCACCUCCGAAACUACGGCCAGCAUGCGAUCAUCCCUGAAUCAUCCCAUGCAACCGCAUCACCAUCAUCCAACACCUUCUCAACCCAUGCUCCUCAAUCCUCACCAUUAUCCACAUCAGCAUUAUCCCCAUCCGUCGUCGUCGUCGGCCAGGGCGUCCAGUCUCAGUCCGAAAUCGCCGUCGACAGCAGCGCCACUAUCGCCACAGACAGUGGCGGCAGCGUCCGAGAAACCGCCCAGCCAAUCAUCAGGCACAGCAUCAGCUCCAUUAUCAAUGGGCGGUGAACGGAGUGCGUUCCGGUCUUUGGUCGCUGGGUCACCCACAGCUGCGGCGUUUGCUCUCGGUUUGGCCCGCCAAUAUGCCGUCGCUGCUUCGCUAUCACAGCAGCAGCUACAACAUCAUAACCAUCAUCAAGCUGAAGACUCUGAUUCGGAUGAAGAAAUUAAUGUGCACGAUGAUUCGGAUGACGAUUCUUUGUGUGCGGCGGCCGCGACCGCAAAUGCGGCUACCGGUCAAAAUCAUAAAGCACCGCUCCAGUUGACCAAGCAUGACCGUUAGUUAAAAUGUAAAAAAUGUUUAAAUGAAUUUAUAACUUUUUUGUGUUGAUGUAUAACAAUUUUCCUAUAAACUUAAAAAAUGAUACCUAUACCCAGUUACCAGUGUAAUCGAAUGUUUGUGAUUAAUUUGUAAGCAGAUUUUUAUUAUUUUAUCUAAAAAAUAAAAAAAUAAAUCAAUAUUUUAUCAUCUCGUC